CCUAAACUGCCACAGCUCCCGAUUUGGGCACACCGCCCAAACCCACCCGGCCGCGAGUAUAUAUCUGCCCCCGUCACAGCCGGACACAGUCUAUAGUCAGUCUUGUCCCCUCCCCUCCCCUCCCGUGGCUAGGGUUUCCUCCGCUUCGCUCUCUCUCGCAGUUCAAAAUGCCUCGCUACGAUGACCGUGACCGUGAUCGCUACGGUGGCAACACAAGGCUGUACGUGGGGCGUCUAUCUUCGCGGACCCGCACACGGGACCUUGAGGACCUCUUCGGCAGAUAUGGGAGAGUGCGAUAUGUGGACAUGAAGCAUGAAUUUGCAUUUGUUGAGUUCAGUGAUGCCAGGGAUGCUGAUGAUGCAAGGUACAACCUUGACGGUCGGGACUUCGAUGGAAGCCGAAUGAUUGUUGAGUUUGCUAAAGGGGUUCCACGUGGCCAAGGAGGAUCCCGUGACCGUGGUGGUGACCGUGAAUAUAUGGGUCGGGGACCUCCUCCUGGAUCUGGCCGCUGCUUUAACUGUGGGAUUGAUGGGCACUGGGCUCGUGACUGCAAAGCUGGCGACUGGAAAAAUAGGUGCUAUCGUUGUGGAGAUAGUGGCCAUAUAGAAAGGGAUUGCCAGAACAGCCCCAAGGACCUUAAGCGUGGAAAAAGUUACUCAAGAUCCCCAUCCCCUCGCCGUGGAAGGGUUCGUGAUAGGAGCUACAGCAGGAGCCGCAGUAGGAGCUACAGCCGCUCUGUUUCUCCAAGGAGGGAUGAAAGGCGAUCUAGGAGCCCUCGUGACAGUCGCAGCCCAAGGAGGAGCCCCCGCCGCGACAGUCUCAGUCCCAGGAAGAGCCCUCGUGACAGUCGCAGCCCAAGGAGGAGCCCAUCACCUGCCAAGGGGAGAUCUAGGAGCCCCACCCCUAAUGGCAGCAGGAGCCCUGCACCAAGGGAGAACAGCAGGAGCCCGAUGAGGGCCGACAGCCGUAGCCCAGUUGACCGUGAGCGCCGUGACAUCAGUCCAGCUGCAAAUGGUCGCAGCCCAAGCCCAAGGGAUGACGAAGGCAAUGGAAAUGGCCAUGCUUCUCCCAGUGGAAGUGGUUAACCUGCUGGGGGUUAUUUGAUGGAUCAAAUUCUUCCUAUGCCCAUGAAGCUUCCCAAACAUGUUGAACCAAAGACUGUAUUUGUAUGAGUUUAAGUUUAAUGUGUACUGUGCUUUGGUAUUGUUA